GUGCGCUACCUACCUCCUAGAUGCGAACGCUCUCCGCCAUUCCGUGGUUCGAGAUCUUGAGGAGACGCAACAUCGAAGAUGCCGAAUCGUGAGACCUCUGUUAUCGUCACCAUUGUUUUUCUCUCGAGUCCGUCUCCUUGUAUCUUCGUGCAUACCUUAGCGGUCCGCGAGCCAAGCCUUACCUUAGUAUAGCGGAACACAUGGUAGCGGAAGCGCCGACGUCUCAACCGGCACCAUGUUAACGUCUCAAUUAGCAUUCCCGUCUCCCCACCACCUACCAUAAUCAACUAGGAUACGGAGCUCAGGUGAUCGAAUCCCGAUAGGCAAAGGCGCAUUAUAAGUUUCUCUGUCUAUCUCCCUGCCUCUCUCUCUUUCUCUCGCUUUCAUCUGCGAUCUGUAAACAUUUUUCCCCUGUCCCGGUAACCCACCUCGACGAAGUCUCCCGGGCCAAAUCCGUACAACUCGGCUAGACAAAAUAGGAUAAAUCCACCCAUAUCUAUCUACUCUCCCCCCUGUGGGCCAGUUCUGCAGACUAGACGUCAGCCAAUGGCUACGGGGCAAUCGGCGACAUGGAAUGAACACCAUCGCGGGACUCCACUAAGCCGGAGCGACAGUUUGUCGUCCGUUAACAACCAGAGCACCGCCUCUGACGACCAGGCUCUGUUAAGCGACUUUGAAGCCACCAGCCACGAGGACCAGUCGAGGAGAGCUAGGCGGAGGUCUUCGGUAACGAACCGCCUCGUCGCACUCACCGAUAUCGGUGGCGUCAAUAGCAUCAGGUCCUUUGGUCGGAGCUGGCAGCGGGCCGCCGCUUUCCCAGAAAUAAUACCGCAGCAGCCAUCCUUCGUCUUCGCUCCCGACCAGGAGCCAGUGCAAGCCGUUGACCCUAACCCAUAUAAUAGGCGAGACAUCGAGGCCGGGCCUAGGGAAUCUCUCCUACGGCGAGAUAUUGAGAGUGCCCCACUAUUUGGUCAUGUCGGCCAGGAAGAGCCGCGGUCGACAGACACGCUUUCUCCGCGGAUCGAUGGCCAUGGAGGCGAGCGGAAGCAUCGCGGCAGCGACCUGCUCCGAGCCGCGUCGCCGUCCGGAUCCUUCCGCAGCAACUCGAUAUUCUCGGCCCCGCCUCUCCUAUCCACGACCCCCCCGGUCGGUAGCUACGGGUCGACACAGAGCUACGGCUCUAUCGAAUCGACGGCCUACCGUGCUUCCAUGAUUCAUGCCGCAGAGCUCUGGCACCGGCAGCGAGAAUCCAGCGCAAACCUGCCCGAUGGAGGCCACCCACCCAUCGUCGUGAAAGAAGUUGAACAAGAGGGACGGCUUGUCCUAGCAGUGUCUGGCCAAUCAACCUUGCCGCAAACAGUUGUGAAUUCCACUAAUGUCCUCAUCGGUAUCGGCCUCCUGAGUCUACCUAUGGGCAUCAAGUAUGCUGGUUGGAUCUGCGGACUGAGUAUCUUACUGCUGUGCGCUGCCGUGACCAGCUGGACUGCGAAGUUGCUGGCCAAGUGCAUGGAUCUUGACCCCAGUAUGAUCACCUUCUCCGACAUAGCCUUCAUCUCCUUCGGCAGGAAAGCGCGUAUCGCAACGGCCGUGCUAUUCACACUCGAGCUGCUCGCAGCUUGCGUAGCCCUCAUCGUGCUCUUCGCCGACUCGCUGGCCCUCCUCUUGCCUGGCACUCUAACCGUGACCGAAUGGAAGGUUCUCUGCACUCUAGCCAUGGUCCCGUUGCAGUUUGCUCCACUGGCUCUUCUCAGCUUUACCAGUUUUGUUGGCAUCGUUUGCUGCUUGGGUAUUGUUUUCAUCGUCAUACUCGAUGGCUUGUUCAAAGUGCAUGCGCCUGGCUCUCUCAUAGAACCCGCAACGACGUAUCUGUUUCCCGCUAACUGGUUGACCUUGCCGCUGUCCUUCGGACUGCUGAUGUCCCCAUGGGGCGGCCAUAGUGUUUUCCCAAACAUAUAUCGGGACAUGCGGCAUCCGCAUCGUUACAAGGAGGCCGUCGCAUAUACAUUUACCUUCACCCUAAUAGUGGACGUUUCAAUAGCUGUGGUGGGCUUCGUCAUGUUUGGGGAUGAAGUUCGCGACGAAAUCACGGCAAACAUCUUCCAAACCUCGGGAUACCCUAACGUUUUGAAUUUCCUGCUCGUAGUUUUCAUCUCUAUUAUACCCUUAACGAAAAUUCCCCUAAACUCGCAGCCCAUUAUUACGACGCUAGAAGUUAUAUGUGGUCUUCGGCAACAGGUAGUUGCUGAAGAAACGCCGCCGGUCGGCCUCCCUAACACUUCGAGGAGACUGAUGAAGGCCCUCGUCCGGAUCCUGACGCUCUUGGUAUUCUUAGUGAUUGCCAUCCUCUUCCCGGAAUUCGAUGCUAUUAUGGCGUUCAUGGGCAGCGCACUAUGCUUCACGAUUUGUGUCACUCUCCCUCUGGCAUUUUAUCUGAAGCUAUUUGGACACGAGAUAGGCGUACGAGAACACAUACUCACCUGGUCGGUUAUGAUGUUGUCGUUUGCGAUCUCCGUUGUUGGGACGGUCUGGGCAUUCCUGCCUAAAUAUCUUCUUGGGGUGAAUUGAAAAAGUAACCCGCGGGAAGUGUCUAUUUGGUUCACUCUCAACCGAUAUAUCACGGCGGCGUUACAGCGAUAUUGUGGGUGGUUUGAGCGCACACGGAUGUGUACAUCGGUCGCGAGUGUUCCAUCUGUUCGCAUUCUACGAUACCUUGUUGGGCUGAGGUAAUCCGACAUCGAGGAGGAUAUGAGGGCUUCCUAGGUGCGAAAUCAUUCCAUGAUGAUACUAGGUAAGUAAUAGGGAUAUCGAAAGUUUGGCGGAUGCUUUGUUUGUAAUCUCCUGGUGGUAAAGGAAUGGAGAAGUAAAAGCGCAUUUGUUUCUCCAAUGUCUACUACCCGAAUCCGUACCCUGUGAAGUUACCAGGUCUGAAAAUCGGGAGGACCUGAACGAAAAUAAAAAUAAAAACCUCUUCGUCCACUGCCUCAUGAAAUCCGGCCGCUAAUAUGAGCUGCUUGAGCUGAUGGGAAUAUAAUCAUAAUUCUUGAACUCGUGUC